UUUUCUUUGUGAACAUUUAGUUUUGCAUUUGACAUGGGUAACAACAAUAUAAAGCGAUGUGAAACAUCUAACCGUUUCCGUCUCGAAUACAUGCGCAAAUAAAACCCACAACAAAUAUGGUGAAAACAACAGCGAUUCCAGCGACCGCCGGCGCGUCGAAUCAGAACCUACCAGCCGAGAGGUGUGCCAUUUUGACGUCGGAAGAGGCCUACGAACUGGGAGUGAGAGCCUUUCCCGACACGAUCGAGUUUCUGGAGACGGAACCCGGCGGUACCUACAGCCGAAAGUUCGGUGUGCAAAACUUACGUGACCACAGCAUCACCGUCAUAAUUCCUAAUGUCACACACACGACGAAGGACCACUACCUGUGCUACCCGCACUACCAGCUGACCAUCGGGGGUGACGGUAAGACCAUCUCUGACCUCGGGCCCGGCCUGGAGCGCACCGCCACACUCGUCUACACGUGCACCGACUCCGAGCAGAAAAAUGACGUCGCCAAAAUACUCAUCGGCGAGGAGUUCAGCAUUAACAUACCGAUUGUGUGGUGAGAUAUUUAUGACAGGUGUUUGCUCAUCGCGAUGCCUUUAGGUACUUACACACGGAAAGCUUAAGU